AUGUCGGACAAGGGGGAACCUCCCCCAACACGCCGUAAACCACCUGAUAGGCGUCCGGGAGUACUCGACAGGCCCCUCAUGGAGCGAGACCUCUUCGCUCCUGAGAGAUCUAGAGUGCUCCCACCUUACAGCCAACUCCCGAGGCGAAUAGGCAGUAUACCGGCGCCCGGCGCCGCGCUCGGCGCAGGUGAAGCUGUGUCUUCACCGAGCGCAGAACUGGCUCCAUUACCACGCCGGAGCCUAGCCUCGCGGAGACGUACACCUCCUGAGAUAGAACAAGACCAGCUGCAAGAGGAGAAAAGGCUGAGAGCCGGAUCAGACUCACUAUCUGAUUCGGCAUCGCCUUCUGCCUCUGCCACACCACCUGAGAUACAAGCCCCACAACCUGUGGUAAGACAUAACAGACCGCCUAACUCACCGUCUCCAACCACCUCUCCGGCCUGCACCGCUGACAUGCAGGAUUUCGGUGAGGAAGACCCGGAAGGAGAGAGAGAGUGGGACAAUACGUCCUACGCCACUCUAGCCCCACUUCAAGACUCCCAACCUGUAAACCAGGAGCCCAUACCUGGUCCAUCUUCAGCGCCAGACUCUUAUGCGCAAAUUGCGAGGUCAGCGCCACCAUCACCUCCACCACCACCUGCACAGAAAGAACAACAGCCAGGGGAACCUCCCCCAACACGCCGUAAACCACCUGAUAGGCGUCCGGGAGUACUCGACAGGCCCCUCAUGGAGCGAGACCUCUUCGCUCCUGAGAGAUCUAGAGUGCUCCCACCUUACAGCCAACUCCCGAGGCGAAUAGGCAGUAUACCGGCGCCCGGCGCCGCGCUCGGCGCAGGUGAAGCUGUGUCUUCACCGAGCGCAGAACUGGCUCCAUUACCACGCCGGAGCCUAGCCUCGCGGAGACGUACACCUCCUGAGAUAGAACAAGACCAGCUGCAAGAGGAGAAAAGGCUGAGAGCCGGAUCAGACUCACUAUCUGAUUCGGCAUCGCCUUCUGCCUCUGCCACACCACCUGAGAUACAAGCCCCACAACCUGUGGUAAGACAUAACAGACCGCCUAACUCACCGUCUCCAACCACCUCUCCGGCCUGCACCGCUGACAUGCAGGAUUUCGGUGAGGAAGACCCGGAAGGAGAGAGAGAGUGGGACAAUACGUCCUACGCCACUCUAGCCCCAAUUCAAGACUCCCAACCUGUAAACCAGGAGCCCAUACCUGGUCCAUCUUCAGCGCCAGACUCUUAUGCGCAAAUUGCGAGGUCAGCGCCACCAUCACCUCCACCACCACCUGCACAGAAAGAACAACAGCCAGCAGAGACCGAAUUAGGCGCCUUUAAUAGAAUACCAAAUCAGACACAUACAAAAAACCAGAAGACCAACCAUCCCGAUUUAUCGGCAACAAGCACCGACCCAUAG